AUGGCUGAGUUCUAUAUAAAGCUUCUCUUCAGGAUUAUACACAUUACAGCUGGCUGCUUAAUUAUUGGAAGCCAUUUAGCUGACAGCAUUUUUGGAAAGCGAGACGAAGGAUAUGGAUUUUUCUUCCCAAUCACUGGUUCUCUACUUUUCAUUUCUGGAGUCAUCAAUUUAAUCCUUCUCAGGCCAAGCAAAACAAUGGGAAACGAAAGAAAGCCAUGACUAUAUGCAAUUUAUGUAAAAAUAGUGAUCUGGUUUUUGUGCCUGCCAAUUAUAGACUUAAUAUGUAGCUGAAUGGGCUUUGAGUUCCCUCGAGAGCCUUUUACUAUAUUGCUUAUGAUAGCUGUGAUCCUUGUAAGCUCAUAUGCCAAACAAAUAAGUUAAAGUUAAAUUAUUUAGGUUUAGUUAGUUGAAGAGCCAAAUGUUACACCAUAUUGGCCACUAAAAAUGGUGACUUAGUGGUCCGACACCACGCCGGUGAAAGUUCUGAAGGUUGCUUCCUAGCAAGCUCUUUCAGGGCAGAGUUUAUUUAUUCUUUACUCGUCUUCAUCAGGGUUUCACUACCUAUCUUCCUCCGAGAGCAGGCCUUUGCUGCUCCCAACGGCUUUAUGGCAGCCUAAAGCCGUCCCUGUGACGUAGCCAGGAGAAAAAGCCAAAGCAGAAAAAACUCCUGGGGAAGUUCUCCAGCAUCAGUGCGGCGUAAUUUCCUAACCCAGGUGGCUUGCAGCACCACCUUCCUGGGGAGAGUCCGGUGCAAGACCUUUAAGCUUGCACUAUUUUUAAUACUCUUAAACAAAUAAGAGACUCAAUCAUGCUAAAUCGGCUUAAGAAUGAGUGGCUAAACCCUUAA